AUGAUUCCGACGCGGUUUUCACAGAGAGCCCGCAACCUGGAGUACGCUACCAAGCGCGCGGGUUACGCCCCUUCCCUGGCGUUUAGGGCGAUGUCAAGGAAGGACAUGGCCGUACACUCGAUGUUAAAUGUAAAGGAGGCCGUGGCGGCGGGAGCGCUCGUACGCAUGAAGACUGGCAAACGGCGUGGAGCGGAGUCCCUGCCGCCAGCAGUGCCUGAGCGAGGGAGGCGCGGACAGGAAGCGAUCCCGUAUGGAGGAGUCGGCGGCGGCGGCGGGCGCGUCGAGCCAGAAGCGCUCCCGCCACGACGACGGCUUCACGACGCACGAGGCCCUGGUGGCACGGGUGUCAUUCUUGGGCGCCGGCGGCAGCAGCAGUAG